AUGGAUGGUCUUUCGACUACAGCCAGCGUUAUCGCUCUCAUUCAGCUCACAGGGAGUAUUGUGAAUAUCUGUGGGGGCUACAUUCGGGGGGUGAAGGAUGCUAGCGAUGAAAUUAAAUCCUUGCAACACCAAGUCGCAGACCUUGGGGGAGCCAUUGAGAAACUAACGGAGCUACGCCAUGGGCCUGGCGGUAAGAGCGUGCCUACUUCUCAGGCGCUGGUAGAUGAUGCCAAUAAAUGCCUUAGAGCGUUGGAAAAGAACAUAAAUCCAAGGAGCAAGCGGAAAGUCAUGAGCAAGCUAUGGGUUCGAGCUCUAAUGUGGCCCCUGACACGCGCCGAAGUGGAGAAAUUUCUGAAGGACCUUGAGAGCUACAAGUCAUCAUUCACAUUAUCUUUAGAGCUUUAUCAGAGUGGCCUAGUAACUGAGGUGGCUCAGACUACCGACCUACUCGACCGAAAGAUAGAUUUUAACAAGCUGCCAGUUGCGGAUGGGGCUGCGUACAAUUCAUACGAGAAUCGCAAUGAAGAUGAAUGUCUUCCAGGCACUAGGUCCGAAGUCCUUUACCAGAUUGCUGAAUGGUCGAUAUCAUUGCGAGGAAGAUGCAUCUUCUGGUUAUGCGGUAUGGCGGGGACUGGAAAAUCGACAAUCUCUCGAACGGUGGCGAAAUCUUUCGGCCGAGACAAGUUAUUAGGAGCAAGUUUCUUCUUCAAGAGAGGCGAAGGCGAUCGAGGGAAUGCUAAGAUGCUCGUCCCGACGAUUAUAAAACAAAUCAUGGCCCAUAAUCGCAUUCCCCAGCUGGAAGUCGGUAUCCAAAAAGCAAUCUCCGAUGAUCCCGAUAUUGCCGGAAAGUCAAUAAGGGAGCAAUUUGAAAAACUACUUCUUCAACCAGUACUCAGUCUGAAAGGGUCCAAAACCCAGAUUCCAACCAUGGUGAUAGUGAUUGACGCGUUAGACGAAUGUGAAGACGACAAUGACAUACCAGUUAUACUCCAAUUACUCCCACUAUUAGGGAAGUCGAACGCUAUAUGUCUACGGGUUUUUUUGACCAGCAGGCCUGGUGUGCCAAUGAGUCGAGGAUUUUUAAAGAUCGCAGCCGAGGACUAUCAGGAUCUAAUUCUUCAUGAGAUCCCCGAGGCAGUAACAGAACGCGACAUAUCCUUGUUCUUAAAUCACCGACUCUCGCAAAUUAAGAAGGAGCGGUUGUUGCCUACCGACUGGCCUAAAAGCAAAGACAUCCGAGCGCUUGUUACACUAUCCGUUCCUCUAUUUAUUUUCGCCGCCACUGUGUGCCGUACAUUCGGUGAUGAUAACUGGGACCCUAUGGAAAGUCUCACCGAGAUCCUCAUGCACCAAGAUGAGGAAUCUAAGCUAGCUCCAACGUAUAUUCCAGUCCUUAAACGAUUUCUUAACAACCAAAGCGAGAAACAGAAAAAGCGGUUGGUUGAGGAAUUCCAAGUCGUGGUUGGAGCAAUUGUGACCCUUCAGAGCCCACUCUCAAUCACCACACUCUCAAGGCUUAUUGGCCUCUCCGAGGAGCUGAUCAGCCUCAGGCUGAGUCCACUACAUUCAGUCCUGCGUGUACCGAAGAAUAAGACCACGCCAAGCAACGAAUCCCAAGAAAUAUCCGAGUUUCUGCUUGAUGCGAAGCGGUUUAUUCUCAAAAACAGACAGAUGGCCGAUGACGCUCCCCUCCAGCUUUACAGCUCUGGUCUCGUCUUUGCGCCAAAAAUGACAACGAUCCGAAGGAGAUUCGAAAAAGAAAUUCCUAGUUGGAUUUGUAGGCUGCCAGAGGUUGAGGAGACUUGGAGCGCAGAGUUGCAAACUCUAGAGGGCCAUUUAGGUCGCGUUACGUCUGUGGCCUUCUCCCCUGACGGCCGAUUUCUAGCUUCUGGCUCGGAUGAUAACACAGUCAAGCUCUGGAAUACGGCCUCAGGCGCCCUACAUCAGACUCUGAGCGGCCAUUUAGGCUGGGUAAGGUCCGUGGCCUUCUCCUCCGACGGCCAACUUCUAGCGUCAGGCUCAGAUGACAACACAGUCAAGCUUUGGGAUACAGCCUUAGGCACCCUAUAUAUUGGGACUUUCGAGGGCCAUUUAGACCGGGUUAUGUCGGUAGCUUUCUCCCCUGACAACCGAAUUUUAGCAUCUGGCUCAGUUGAUCAUACAGUCAAGCUCUGGAAUAUCGCGACGAAUACUAUAUGCCAGACUCUUAAAGGUCAUUUAGAUUGGAUUAGGUCGGUAGCGUUCUCCCCCGAUGGGCAAAUUCUAGCGUCUGGCUCGGAUGAUAAUACAGUCAAACUCUGGAAUACUGCCUUGGGUGCCCUUCACUCCAGGACUUUUGAGGGCCAUUCAAAUCAUGUUAUGUCGGUGGCGUUCUCCCCCGACGGCCGAUUUCUCGCGUCUGGCUCAGCUGAUCAAACAAUAAGGCUCUGGGAUACGGCCUCGGGUUCCCCUCAUUCUGGAACUUUUGAGGGCCAUUCAAAUCAUGUAAUGUCGGUGUCGUUCUCCCAUGAUGGCCGAUUUCUCGCGUCUGGCUCAGUUGAUAAAACAAUAAAGCUCUGGGAUAUUGUCUCAGGUGCCCUACACCAGACUCUCAAAGGCCAUUCAGAUCCUGUGAGGUCGGUCGCCUUCUCCCCCAACAGCCGGAUCCUAGCGUCUAGCUCAGUUGAUAACACAGUUAAGCUCUGGGAUACCGCUAUAAACCCCCAGCAUCAGACUACUAGAGGUCAUUCAGAUUGGGUUAGAUCGUUGGCCUUCUCCCCUGAUGGGCGACUUCUAGUAUCUGGCUCGGUUGACAGUACAGUCAAACUCUGGGAUAUAGCCUCGGGCGCCCUGAAUCAGACUUUUAAGGGUCAUUCUGAUUGGAUUAGGUCGGUGGCCUUCUCCCCCGACGGCCGAACGAUCGCGUCUGGCUCGGUUGAUCACACUGUUAAGCUCUGGGAUACGGCCUCGGGCGCCCUAUGCCAGGAUCUUAAGGGCCAUUCAGAUCGGGUUUGGGCGGUAGCCUUCUCUCCUAACAGCCGUCUUAUUGCGUCUAGCUCAGAUGAUAACACUGUUAAGCUUUGGGAUACGACCUCGGGCGUACUAUACCAGACUCUCAAAGGUCAUUCAGGUUGCGUUAUAUCGGUGGCUUUCUCCUCCGACGGGCGACUUCUAGCGUCUGGCUCGGAUGAUAACACGGUUAAACUCUGGAAUAUCGCCACAUAUGCUCUACACCAGACUCUUAAGGGUCAUUCAAAUUGGGUUAGAUCGGUGUCCUUCUCCCCCGACGGGAGAUUUCUAGCAUCUGGCUCGGUUGAUAACACAGUCAAGCUCUGGGAUACGGCAUCGGGCGCCUUGCAUCAAACUCUCAAGGGACCGGUUGGAUCGGCGGUAUUUUCUGAAGAUGGCUCAUACAUAAGCACCAAUCUUGGAUCCCCCCAUACACAGCCCUUGUCUUACAAAAACGCCUCGAAUCUGCCUCGACCGAAUGUCGAGAUAUUGAUUCUGGAAAAUCGGUGGGUAACUCUGAACGGUGAAAGAGUACUGUGGUUUCCUUCAGAAUAUCGGCCCACCUGUUCAGCGAUUAGAGAUAAUGUUCUUGCCCUGGGACACGCAUCGGGGUGGAUUUCAUUUAUUGAAUUUUGUGAGAAGUAG